UUUGGGAAUAUUUGCGUGGAGAGUAAACCGGGUCAUCCAUUCACGUUGUAUGAAUACAAACUCUUGGAAAGAUUCACUACAAGAUUUGCGAGUGAUCGUGCGGGUCGAAUUGGAACAAAACGUUGAUUUAUAGGUCAAAUCUUUAACUUCCAGUCGUUCAACAUGGAGUUUACCUCAGUAGUUUAUGCAUUCGGACUUUUGUUAAGUGUUUUUACACUCCAAAGUUUGGGAUGUUCGCCGGACGAUACAAGUGAUGAUAUUGUUGACCAAGUCAAAAAGGCAGAUGUCUUGUUAUUUGGAAAAGCUUUGAGGAAAUUUCCUAGUCCUGAUUUUGAUGGCGUCUACACAGUAUUGUUUCAAGUUUACUGCAUCUACAAAGGCGAGGUGACACAACAGAAGAUAAACAUAACUGAUGCAGGACUAAAACCAGGUAUCUGCUUUGAAAUCCAGUUGCAGCGCAACAAAAACUACCUAGUUAUGCUGAACCGCAGGGAUGGCAAGCUAGUACCUGCAAACCGUGAAUACGAGGAAUAUGACUUAGAAGAGGCUCUUAUAGCAUGUGGAGUGAAACUUCGUUACCCCAGAGGUAAAUCUGCAACAAACAAUAACUACCAAUGCCCCACAGUGGAUCCUGCUGACUGUGUUAUGGAACCUGAUGUUGUUCCCCCACUCAUUGACACUGAUGAAAAGGAGGAGAGCGAAGAACAGCCACCUUAUGAAGUAGCCACACCUGAGCCAACUACCCCACCAACAGAACCAACUGAACCAACGUCUGAACCAGAAACAACUCCAGAAACAACUCCUACAACCACCCCUAAAUCAGAACCAGAAGACAAUAAUGUUGACACAGAAACUGGUGCUCCAGUAGGUCCAGUUAGCGCAAAUGACAAUAAUGGUGCUAGUGGCCUCCAUAUACAAACCAUACCUAUAAUCAUAGCUAGUUUAUUGUAUGUAUUGUUGUCACGGUAAUGUCAGUGUUCUCUACUCAUAGCCAUACAAUGCAUUCGGGGUUAUUAAGACAACUGGGCAGUCUUUAGCAG